UACACGUGUGAUAUUUGCGGGAGGUCAUUUUCAAGGACAAAUACUCUCGUUACGCAUAGGAGAAUACACAGUGGAGAGAAGCCAUUUUGUUGCGAAGUGUGUGGCAGAGCUUUCAGACAGCCCGGCAACCUUACGAGACACAAACUCAUCCAU